UGGCGGGUGCGCGCGCUGCGGUUCCCCUCAAGCGCAUCCGGCAACAUGUCGGCAGCUGAGCGCGCGCUCGAGACCCCAACAGAUGAGAGCUCUCCUCAAUCCAAGCAUGAAGUGGAGCCGGCUCCUCCUGUAAAGGGAAAACCGAUGGACGAUCUGACGGGGCGUCUGGAUGAAGCGCGUCCCGUCGCGUCCACUAAAACACACACAGGCAGUAAAAGCUCGUCUCCCUCCACCUCGUCUCUCUCAUCGCCAGCGUCUGGGCGAGCGAAGAUGAGCGUCUGCGGCCCUGGCAGUAAAACGGCUCCUUCAUCCUCCCUGUCUUCAGCCAGUCCUCCAGCUAAAGUCCACCGCGCGCGGAAGACCAUGAACAGGCCUCCCUUCCCGCAGAUUAAGUCUAUAGAGUCGUUGGCACACGCUACGCCUGAGAAAAGCAUCAGCGGCGGGAAGACAGACGCGGACACAGUUGUGAAGAAGCGUAAAGUGUGUGUGGAGUCGGAUGCAGGAACUCCAGAGAAAGUGGCGCGGCCGCAGACGGAGCCGCCUCUGACGGCGUCUCCAGGGAUGGGGAAGCUGGAGCCGGUUGCCACGGCAACCAAAGAGCAUCCCAGUGGUUGGCUGGAGGAUCUCGACGAAGAGGCGGAUGAGGAAGAUUUCCACCUGCUCUACAACAGUUACUCUGGAGACGAUCUGAUUUACUCGGACAGCAAGUCAGAUGAUGGGAUGGCAGACGAGGCGCUGGAGGCGGGGCAUCUGUCGGAUCAUAGCUCGGGAUCCGAUCAGCCCCUCGCCACUUAUAAGAAACCAGAGAGAGACGAGACGCCCUGGAAGCGUCAGGGGAAGGGUAAAGGGAGAGAGAGACCCCCCGCUGGAGAGCCCGAGGCAGAGAAAGGUGAAUCUGCGUCUGCCGAAUACACUGAGGUUCCUCUGGACUCGCUGGACAUCUCGGCCGCCCACAGCCUCUCUCUCUCUCCACACGCAGACGGGAGUGACGCAGAAACGGAGCGUCUGGAGGAGCUUCCUCUGUGCAGUUGUAGGAUGGAGGCGCCGCGGGUCGACGGGUUCAGCUCUCGCUCCAGCCGGACCUGCAUGGCCAUCGAGAGCAUCAACGGAGAGCUGGUGGGCUGUACCAAUGUGAUCGUGAAGGGGGAGACGAUGCGGCCCUCCAGCCGCGUGCCUCUGGUGGUGCUGUGCGAGACGCACCGCUCACACAUGGUCAAACACCACUGCUGUCCCGGCUGCGGAUACUUCUGCCUCUCCGGAACGUUUCUGGAAUGUUGUCCCGACGUUCGCAUCGCUCACCGGUUCCACCGAGGCUGUGUGUCGGUGCUGGGCAGUGGGCGGAGCCGUGGAGGAGUGGGCGUCGGCCUGUUGUUCUGUCCUCACUGUGGAGAAGAUGCUUCAGAGGCGCGCGAGGUCAUCGUUCCCCCCACAGCGCCCUCUACAGGCUCCAGUGUGGUCACUGCGAGCGCGUCGUCCACCACCGCCACCCCCUCCCUGCUCCCGGCGGCUCUCGAGGCCACGGCGCGCGCGCUCAGCGACAAGAGGAGCGGAGAGCCCAUCAAUGCAAGGAUGCGCUGUCGUGGAGAUGUACGAAAUGGGGCGGAGCUUCAACCUCAGCCGGCCAAUGAGACUCCAGGAGGGGGCGGGGAGGAGGAUGUGGUUGCCCUCGGCGACGGUGGUGUUGACAGUGUGGGACCGUCGCUCGUCUUACCCAAUGGGAAGCCAGUCUGUCCCAGCGCACUUCCGCCUGGAGACAAGAGGGCGGCGCUACAGAGAGCCAUUCUCACACAGGACACCGAGAGGAGGAAGAAGCUGCGGUUUCAUCCCCGUCAGCUCUAUCCCGCAGCCAAACAGGGUGAAGCUCAGCGAGUUCUGCUCAUGCUCAUGGAGGGCAUCGACCCGUCGUAUCAGUCGGACUCUCAGAACCGGCGCUGUGCUCUUCAUGCUGCGGCUCAGAGAGGGCUUCUGGAGGUGUGUUACCUGCUCGUACAGGCAGGCGCUAAGGUGGACGCCCAAGAUAAGACCCUGCGGACCCCUCUGUUAGAGGCCAUAGUGAACAAUCAUGUCGAGGUGGUGAAAUACCUGAUCCAGAGCGGAGCCUGCGUCUAUCAUGCAGAAGAGGACGGCUCCACAGGCCUCCAUCACGCUGCUAAACUGGGGAACCUGGAGGUGGUGCUGCUGUUACUGAGCACUGGACAGGUGGACCUGAACGCACAGGACAGCGGCGGCUGGACGCCCGUCAUCUGGGCCGCAGAACAUCGACACAUAGAUGUGAUCCGAGCUCUGCUCAACAGAGGAGCCGACGUCACAAUCCGGGACAAGGAGAUGAAUGUGUGUCUGCACUGGGCCUCGUUCGCGGGCAGCGCUGAGAUCGCAGAGCUGGUUCUGAACGCCGGCUGUCCGCUGUCGUGUGUGAACCUUCACGGAGACACGCCGCUACACAUCGCCGCGCGCGAGAGCUUCACCGACUGCGUCACGCUGUUUCUCUCUCGCGGCGCCGACAUCGACGUCGUGAACAAGGAGGGCGACACCCCGCUCUCGCUGGCGCGCAGUGACACGGCCGUCUGGGUGGCGCUGCAGAUCAACCGCAAGCUGCGGCGGGGAGUGGCCAAUCGCGUCGCUCGCACGGAGAGGAUCAUAUGCAGUGAUGUGGCUCAGGGUUAUGAGAACGUCCCUAUCCCGUGUGUUAACGGUGUGGACGAAGAAGGCUGUCCGUCUGACUACAAAUACAUUGCAGAGAACUGUGAAACGUCCACCAUGAACAUCGACCGCAACAUCACACACCUGCAGCACUGCAGCUGCACAGACGAUUGUUCCUCCAGUAACUGUCUCUGUGGGCAGCUCAGCAUCCGCUGCUGGUACGAUAAGGAUCAGCGUCUUCUCCAGGAGUUUAAUAAGAUCGAGCCGCCUCUGAUCUUCGAGUGUAACAUGGCCUGUUCCUGCCACAAAACCUGCAAGAACCGAGUGGUUCAAGCUGGCAUCAAGGUGCGUCUGCAGCUCUACCGCACGGAGAAGAUGGGAUGGGGCGUCCGAGCGCUUCAAGAUAUUCCUCAAGGCAGUUUCAUCUGCGAGUAUGUCGGCGAGCUGAUCUCGGACGCAGAAGCAGACGUGAGGGAGGAUGAUUCGUACCUGUUUGAUCUGGACAACAAGGACGGUGAAGUGUACUGUAUCGAUGCCCGAUACUAUGGUAACAUCAGCCGCUUUAUAAACCACCUGUGCGACCCCAAUAUCAUCCCUGUGCGCGUGUUCAUGCUUCACCAGGACCUGCGCUUCCCUCGCAUCGCCUUCUUCAGCUCCAGGGACAUUUUCACGGGACAGGAACUGGGGUUUGAUUACGGCGAUCGUUUCUGGGACAUCAAGAGCAAGUACUUCACCUGUCAGUGCGGCUCGGAGAAAUGCAAACAUUCGGCGGAGGCCAUCGCGCUGGAGCAGAACCGGCUGUCCCGUCUGGAGAUGUGUGCGGACCCGGGCGCUGAAGCCGCUCUCCCGGUGUUAGCACACUCGUAA